AUGCAGAGAUUUGUACAAGUGAGAAACCCUUCUAUUACCCAGAUCCCACAUAAAUGGAGUGAUUUAAUUCAGGUGAUGGAAUGUUUAAAACCAACAUUGAAGGUUACCAAAGUAUUUUGGAGACCUCCACCUCAGGAUUGGGUAUCAUGUAAUACAGAUGGUGCAUCUAGAGGGAAUCCAGGCAGAGGGGCAUAUGGUUUUUGCAUUAGAGAUACACAAGGGGAUGUGAUAGUUGCUAAGGCUGAUGAUAUAGGAUUUGUCACUAAUGUGGAAGCAGAAACUAUUGCAAUUCUAGAGGUUGUUAAAUGGUGUCAUGAACAUCAGGUCAAUCACAUUAUUUUCCAAACUGAUUCUCAGUUUGUACAAAAAGUGUCGCAAGGAGUAUGGAAGCCACCUUGGGCUAUUGUGGAAUGGAUUGAGCAUAUCCAAUUCAUGCUAAGUGACAAGCAGUGUAGAUUUGAGCAUAUUCUAAGAUAA